AAUGCCCAGCAGGAUGGGUUGAAUUUGAAAAUCACUGCUACCAUUUUGUGUUCUACCCAACUUUUGCCUUCAAAGAAGCAACAUCGGCUUGCCAGAUCGAUGGCGCUUACCUGGUCAGUGUCAACAGUGACUCGGAGGCCAACAAAUGGUGGACCAGUGGAUCAGGUCUUGGGUCAGAGAUGAGGUGGACAGGAGAUGGCACCUUAAUCCCCUUAUCUGUCGAAAUGUGGGCCAACGAGGAAGAGAUGAACUCCAUACAAAACGGACAACAUAUUGUCUUUGUGUACACGGUUGUCGUUGGUAAGUUCAUGUUUGGGAGGCAGACACCGUCAGCCAAGUGGCCUUAUGUUUGUGAGAUCAGUUUAAACGAAGCAUACAGAAUCCUUCAGCAAGAGAGAGACCAUAUGUUUGGAACUGACAUUAUGGAUCCCAACAAUGUAGUUCUUGGUCCUAAAUUCAUUACACAGCCAAGGUCUAUUGUUGUAUUACCACCGCUUGCCACGGCCUUUGUUGAAUGUUGGUACCGCGAUCAGGGAGCAGGAGCGAUGAACGAGAUGGUGACCACCUCGUGGUACACAAUAACCAACGGAAAGCUAACCAUACACAACCCUGACGAGACACGAGAUGAGGGAAUGUACCAAUGCCUAGCCUCCAACAUCAUUGGGUCAGUGCUCUCUGAUCCGGUGCGGAUCACUUUUGGAUUUAUCCAUGAAUUCUCGAACCACCCGCCAGGUGGCGUCACGGCCAAACUGUACCAAGGAAUUGCAAUUAGUUGUCAACUUCCGGCUUACAACCCAGCCGUGUCUGUCAAAUGGUACAAAGAAGACGGAGGCCAGAACUUCAUGAGGACAGAUCUCCAUCCGUACAUAUUUGUUUCCAACAAUGGCAAACUUUACUUCUCGGAGAUCUCUCAGAUGGAUGCAGAAUACCACUGUUUUGUGAAUUUGGUGUCGCCAGUUGGGCAGAUCCUGUCGGCCAACCAAUAUCCGAGUAGAUCGAGCUUGGGGAUACAGUUAGUUGUCACUGGCGACAUGGCCAUUGAUUACGGACCGGAAAUACACAACGACUUCCCAGCAGUAUUUCCGCUACCAUUAUACUACUCCUGGUCCAGGGACAACGGACCUAUCCCAGAGAAAGCAUCUUUGAUGGAACACGGUCGUAUGCUGGUUCUUCCUGAUGCUCAGAUAGAAGAUGGGGGAAACUAUACCUGCAUCGUUGAAAGGGAGAAGAGCUCUGUUCAGCAGAAAACUCUACAUUUAAUCAUUGAAGCCCGGCCAUUCUUCAUCUUCCCUCUAUCUGACCAGCAUGUGGACAUUGAUCGCCAGUUCACCUGGAGGUGCGAGGCAAUGGGUGUUCCUAGACCCAUCUACACUUGGUUCAAAGACGGCAAGCAGCUGUACAGUAUUCCUGGUGAUAUUGAGGUACAAGUCAAUACGCUGACCAUCUUUAAAACAGACCCCAAGAAACACCCAGGGAUGUAUCAGUGUAUGGCCGUCAAUGUUCAUGGUACGACGUUCACCACUGCUCAACUCAGAGUGCUCUCUUUUGCGCCAUCGUUUCUGAAACGGCCCGUAAACCCAUCUCAGUUCGGAACAAUGGGAGGAUCGGUGAUUAUACUAUGUCAACCGGAGGCCGCCCCACCCGCAACUAUUGCCUGGCUCAAAGAUAACAGGGAGCUGCAUGCAGCAGAAG